AUGUCGGAAGAUCCUUUCCUCCAAGUCCAAUCCGAAGUCCUCAACACCCUCCAAACAAUCCGACCUCUCUACUCCUCCUUCCUCCGCAUCCGCUCUUUGACAACCUCCCCCUCAAACCCCGAACUCGUCCAAUCUCGCACAGAACUCGAAUCAACGCUUGAAGACCUGCAGGCUGAUCUAGCCGACUUGCGCCAGUCCGUACGCGCAGUAGAACGUGAUCCGUACCGGUAUGGACUCGAACUUGACGAAGUAGAGCGCCGAAGAGGCUUUGUGCAGGAUCUGGGGAGGGAGGUUGAUGAUAUGGUUUCUGAGAUUGGCAAACAACCCGCGCCUACAACUGCAGCAAAAGGGAAGAAUAAUAUUUCGCUCCCGAACCCGUCCGAAUUCGACACCUUAUCACCAGAUAUACACGAUAAAUUCGAUCAUCACAGAGAAGAAGGCGAGGAUGAUGAUUACUACGCCAACUUUGAGCAACAACGACAAGUCGAUUUAAUGGCUGCCCAGGACCAACAGUUGGACGGCGUGUUUCGCACCGUGGGUAACCUGCGACAGCAGGCGGAUACGAUGGGACGAGAGCUUGAGGAUCAGGCUGUCUUGUUGGAUGAUGUGGAAGGGUUGGCGGAUAGUGUUGGAGGGAAGUUGGCGAGUGGGAUGAAGAGGAUUAGGACUAUUGUGAGGAAGAAUGAGGAUACGUAUUCCACUUGUUGUAUUGGAAUACUACUCGUCAUUCUCGUCCUCCUGUUUAUCCUAUUGCUCGUGCUGUGA